CACUAAUAUUAUCCCCUCUCCGUCUACUCUCUCUCUCUAGUCAGAGAGUGGAGUCGCAGCGGUUGGUUCUUGUGCUGCUUUUCCCGCGGAAAUGGAGUCACUAACGUACUCCUCGUCCUUCCUGUGCACUACUAAUCCACUGCUCUCUUCCCACUGUUCCCAAUCCAAUACCACCGCCUUAAAAUCCUUAACCUCGACCUCCACCUCAACGAAACCUAAAACGACCACCAAUGUCAAUAUGAAUAUCAUAGUAAAGCCGUCCUCCUCGUCAGUGAGGCCAGACCCCUGGUCUCUCAGCGACGGUAACCACCCGGACCGCCCGAAACCCAAGUCCAAGAACCCCAAAAAGCCCCUCUCCGACGACAACGCCCGCCGCAUCAUCAAGGCCAAGGCCAACUACCUCAGCGCCCUCCGCAGGAACCAGGGCCCACAAGCCCACACCCCCAAAUGGAUUAAGAGGACCCCCGAGCAGAUGGUCAGCUACUUGCAGGACGACAGGAACGGCCACCUCUACGGUCGCCACGUGGUGGCGGCCAUCAAGCACGUCAGGGCGCUGUCCGAGAAGGCCGAGGGACAGUACGACAUGCGCAUCGUCAUGGCCUCCUUUGUUGGGAAGCUCAGCUUUAGAGAAAUGUGUGUGGUGCUCAAGGAGCAAAAGGGCUGGAGGCAAGUCAGGGACUUAUUUUCUUGGAUGAAAUUGCAGUUAAGCUACCGCCCAAGUGUUAUUGUCUACACAAUCGUUUUGCGUGUAUAUGGCCAAGUUGGGAAGAUCAAGCUGGCUGAGCAAACCUUCUUGGAGAUGCUUGAAUCUGGAUGUGAACCUGAUGAAGUUGCUUGUGGCACCAUGCUCUGUACAUAUGCCAGAUGGGGACGUCACAAGGCUAUGCUGGCGUUUUAUUCAGCUGUGCAGGAAAGGGAGAUUCUGCUUUCUGUUGCUGUUUAUAAUUUCAUGUUGUCCUCCUUGCAGAAGAAAUCACUCCACGGAAAGGUCAUAGAAAUUUGGAAGCAGAUGGUGGACAUAGGAGUGGUACCUAAUAAAUUUACUUAUACAGUAGUAAUUUGCUCACUCGUCAAAGAAGGCCUCCAUGACGAGGCUCUCAAGAAUUUCAUUGAGUUGAAGAAUGCUGGAUUUGUUCCUGAGGAGGCAACUUAUAGUUUGCUCAUCAGUUUAAGCACCAAAAGUGGCAAAUAUAACGAAGCACUAAGACUAUAUGAAGACAUGAGGUCUCUAGGAAUAGUCCCGAGCAACUACACCUGUGCUUCACUUCUGACAUUGUAUUACAAGACGGAGGAUUAUUCCAAAGCCCUUUCUCUUUUUUCAGAAAUGGAAAGCAAGAAAAUUGCAGCUGAUGAGGUCAUCUAUGGUUUGCUCAUUAGAAUAUAUGGAAAACUUGGUCUUUAUGAGGACGCUCAGACAGCAUUUACCGAGAUGGAGCAGCUGGGUCUACUUAGUGAUCAGAAAACAUAUUUAGCAAUGACACAAGUCCAUCUUAAUUCAGGGAAUUGCGAGAAAGCUUUAGAAGUUAUUGAACUAAUGAAGUCUAGAAAAAACAUUUGGCUCUCAAGAUUUGCUUAUAUUGUCUUAUUGCAGUGUUAUGUUAUGAAGGAAGAUCUGAGUUCUGCUGAAGUAACAUUUCAGGCUCUAUCCAAGACUGGACUCCCUGAUGCAGGCUCUUGUAAUGAUAUGCUCAAUUUGUAUAUAAGACUGGACUUAAUCGAAAAGGCUAAGGAUUUUAUUGCCCAGAUAAGAAGAGACCGGGUAGAUUUGGACGAGGAACUUUGCAGGACAGUUAUGAGAGUAUAUUGCAAGGAGGGAAUGCUUAGAGAUGCUGAAAAGUUUGUAGAAGAGCUGGGUACAAAUGGAUUAUACCAGGAUAGUAGAUUCAUCCAGACAAUUUCUUGGGCUAUGUAUGAACAUAAGGAAGGGAAAUUUUUGACCUUUGACCAGCAUGACACUGUGGCCCUUGGACUGGUGCUCAGUCUCUAUCUGGCAGAUGGCAAUAUCAGUGAGACAGAAAAAGUUCUAGCAUCAUUACUUGAGGCUUCUAGUGGCUUAUCAAUUGCGAGUCAGCUCAUUAAGAACUUUAUUAGAGAAGGUGAUGCAUUUAAAGCAGAAACUCAUAUCAAUCAAUUGGCCAAGCUUGGCUGCAGAGUGGAUGAUGCCACAGUUGGUUCUUUGAUUAGUUUAUAUGGAAAGAAACACAACCUGAAAAAGGCCCUGGAAAUAUUUACAGCAUUCGCAGAUUCUCCUUUGGCUAAAAAGUUACUAUGCAACUCAAUGCUUGAUGCAUAUGCCAAAUGUGGUAAACCACAGGAGGCAUACUCACUUUACAAACAACUUUCAGAGGAAGGGCAUGAUCUGGAUGCUGUUGCCAUCAGCAUAGUUGUCAAUGUUUUGACUAACAGUGGAGAACAUAGAGAAGCAGAGAAUGUCAUCCGCAAAAGCCUGGAACACCACGUGGAGCUAGAUACCGUGGCAUACAAUACUUUCAUUAAGGCUAUGCUGGAAGCAGGUAGAUUGCGUUUUGCAUCCAGUAUCUAUGAGUGCAUGCUUUCUGAGGGGGUUAUUCCAUCGAUUCAGACAUACAGCACCAUGAUCAGUGUUUACGGUCGAGGUCGAAAGCUGGAAAGGGCUGUAGAGAUGUUCAAUACUGCUUGCAGCUUGGGUUUGUCUCUGGAUGAGAAGGCAUAUAUGAAUCUCAUUAGCUACUGUGGGAAAGCUGGAAAAAGGCAGGAAGCAUCUCUGCUAUUUACCAAAAUGAGGGAACAAGGGAUAAAACCUGGGAUGGUCAGUUAUAAUAUAAUGAUCAAUGUAUAUGCUGCUGGGGGGCUUUAUAAAGAAGCAGAGGAAUUAUUCAAAGCCAUGCAGCAAGAUGGUUGCUCACCUGACUCCUUCACCUACCUAUCCCUAGUUCGAGCGUACACAGAGAGUCUGAAAUACACAGAAGCAGAGGAAACCAUUAAUUCUAUGACGGAAAAUGGUGUCUAUCGUUCCUGUGCUCAUUUUAACCUUUUACUCUCUGCUUUUUCCAAAAUGGGAUUGAUAGGGGAAGCAGAAAGAAUUUAUGAGAAACUACUUGGAGCUGGUUUAAAUCCUGACGUGGCAUGUUAUCAGACUAUGCUGAGAGGUUACAUGGACUAUGGACUUGUGGAAGAAGGCAUCAAGUUUUUUGAACAGAUAAGUGAGUCUGUAGAGGCAGACAGGUUUAUUUUGAGCGCAGCUGUGCAUUUUUAUAAAUUUGGGGGAAGGGGACUAGAAGCUGAAAACGUUUUGCAUUCCAUGAGUAAUUUGGGUAUAUCAUUUCUGGAGAACCUAGAAGUUGGAUCCAAGCUAAAAGCUAAAAGCCCCAUUUCAGAAUCGAUUUAGUUAUGGGAUGUUAUGUACUGAAUACUGAUGACAGAGAGGGAUAGGGUGAUCCCUAGGAAUUGUAUUGCCAGUGACAAACAUAUCUUGGGUGUACCAUUAAUUGAAUUUGUGAGGGAUGCUGAAUACAUAUCUUCAAGACCAGUGAUCAACAAACAUUACGAGGUUGCAUACUGGCAUAACAGGAUGGUGGGUCAAGACUUGUUGCAGUCUUCCGUUGAUUGAGUGGGAAAAAGCUCAUCAGUUGAUUUUAGACUUGAAGUUAGUGACUGGAGAAAACUGUCGAACAUGAAAUGCUUAUGCUCAAUGGUUAGAGGCUCGGCGGGUCAUAGUCUGACACAUGGAGACUGUUUCUGCUGGCUUUAAUCAUGGUCAAUGGAUAUGGAAGUCUAACAUUAGUUCAGCAACAUUACUUGGUAUCCUUACUAUAUGGAGGUAACUGAUUUCAGGAAAUGGUCAAGACUCUGAAGAAUAGAUUACAACCUUGUUAGUUCUUUUGCACUAACAUUACAGCUUCAUUUUGUAGAUUGUACAAAAGUUCAUGUUCAUUAGGACAUAUCACCUUGUGGUGAUCUUGACAAACCAUAAUUAUUCAAGAUAUUGUAGCAGUCAAUUAGGGAACAUGUACAGCAUUCUUUUCUUUGGAUGUUGAAUAAACAAUAAUUUUGUUGUACAUGAUUAUAGGAAGUUGUAGAUGGUUUUCUUUCAUGAGAAAAUUUUCCCCACUUUGCCGU